AUGGACAACUCUCUACCAGUUGAAUUGGAAGAAUUCGGAUCUAAGGAGGAAGUUCGUGAUUAUCUGGGUGGUCUUAUCCAUGCACUCAGAUCACAUAAACCAUGUUCGAAUGUGCGCCGAGAUGAUCCGUUAUGGUGCGGUAAAAUAUCUUGCAUGAGACUUGGAAGUCGUUGGUGUCAUAUGCAUGAGUGUACGCACAAUCAGAGGAACUGCACAGAUAAGGAUUGCCUCCGUUCCCAAGCAGUUAUUUCACACUGGGUGAACUGCACCAAUACUACAUGUUUUGUGUGUUCACCCUGGAUACGACCACGACUGCUGGAAAGCCAACCCAAACGAUUCCUGAAUGACAUUUUUGGGAGUCACUGCUUUCUUGGAAGGAUCGUCUCUCCUAUAAUAAACAAAAAUCGCGCACAACCGUCUGGCGGAAAACAUUACGAGUUCGUAUGUGCAGAAAAACAGAUUAAGGAUGAUCGCUACAGAAUGUUUGCCAUGGUAAACGAAGUUACCGCCGCUUCCAUUAAUGAAAAGUUGUCAAAAUUGCAGAAGAAUUGCUCGAAAACCAGCGCGUCAGCUGAUUAUCCUUGCACUGAUAAACCUGGACCCUCCGGUUAUAAUGGUGAAGACAUCAUUCCAAUCAUCAUAGAAGCUCCCUGUAGCAAUUGCGAGGAAGUAUAAAAUCAAGGAAUUUUAUUGUGAUAUCUUUCAUAAUACUGCAUGUGAUGCAGGCAAAAAUUACCGUAUUCUCAUAUCAUCAUAUCAGCAUAUCCUUACCUCUUUGCAGUAUGCUCAUUAUUCUUUCCGGGAUUCUUGCUUACUGCUGAUUCGUUUUAUUCCCUUCAGAUUAAUCUCGGUCUACGACCAAAACAUGGUGCUGCUCAUC